AUGGAUUUUGCUAGAAAUAAACGAGUCACUGAUCCAUUCAAUGACGAAGCCAAAUCUCGACUACUCGGCGGUAAUUUCGACCAACUGAGCGGCAUCAGCAGCGGAAGCGAACAUUCCGGUGACGCAGAACUCACUUCUUCACCGUCUCUGUCUGAGCUUGUGCAUGAUUUCCUCGAGGAGGAUAUUGAAAACGAGUGUGAUUCAGCGGAGACCGAUUUCAAUUCGAAGCGAGUUGACUCAGUUUCGGAUUGCAUGGACACUGUGGAGGAUCUGCUAAAAUUAAGAGCUGAAAAUGCUGAUCUAGACUCUGACAUGAACAUGCUUCACGUGCAUGUUUCUGAAGCUGCAGUUAAGUUUGCAUUUCUGAAGAAAGAAAGCUUUUCGGUUUUUAAUCGAAGCGUGAUGUCUUUUUUGCGUGAGAAGGGGCACAAUGCUGCGGUUUGUAAGACGCGGUGGGAAUCCUCUGGCGGAUUAACUGCCGGCAGCCACGAGUUUAUCGACGUGGCGCGAUCUGGAUCGUCCACGUGGCAGAGUAGAUACUUCGUUGAGCUUGAUUUCGCCGGAAAGUUUGAAAUCGCACGGCCAACUAGUCGUUACACAGAGAUUAUGAGUUAUGUUCCUGGAAUUUUCAUUGGAACAUCGGAGGAGCUUAAACGCACCGUUUUGGCGUUGUGUGGUGCUGUGAAACUGUGUUUAAGGAGUACAGGGUUAUCGAUACCUCCUUGGAGAAAGAACCGGUACAUGCAAAAUAAGUGGUUUGGACUGUACCGUAGAACCACGAACCCGGUUCAGGGAAAUCCGGUUCCCGCUGUUGUUUCUUCUUCUAGUGGCGUUAAAUGUAGGUUGGUUGGAUUCAACGACGCCGUUUCGGAGACUAGACACAGCGUUUCAUUUGUCCGCACGAGAUAA